AUGGCGUCUCAGUUCACCGUCCGCAAGGUUGCGGCUCCCAACACCCUCGAGCACCGUGUCUAUAUCGAGAAGGAUGGCGUCCCCGUCUCGCCCUUCCAUGAUAUCCCCCUCUACGCCAACGCAGAGCAGACCAUCCUGAACAUGGUUGUUGAGAUCCCCCGCUGGACCAACGCCAAACUCGAGAUCUCCAAGGACGAGCUCCUCAACCCCAUCAAGCAGGACAUCAAGAAGGGCAAGCUCCGCUACGUCCGCAACUGCUUCCCCCACAAGGGAUACCUCUGGAACUACGGUGCCUUCCCCCAGACUUGGGAGGACCCCAACGCUGUCCACCCUGAGACCAAGGCCAAGGGUGACAACGACCCUCUCGACGUUUGCGAGAUUGGCGAGCUUGUCGGCUACACCGGUCAGGUGAAGCAGGUCAAGGUUCUUGGCGUCAUGGCUCUUCUUGACGAGGAGGAGACCGACUGGAAGGUCAUUGUUAUUGACGUGAACGACCCGCUGGCUUCGAAGCUCAACGACGUUGAGGAUGUUGAGCGCCACCUGCCCGGACUUCUCCGUGCCACCAAUGAGUGGUUCCGUAUCUACAAGAUCCCCGACGGAAAGCCCGAGAACCAGUUCGCAUUCACCGGCGAGUGCAAGAACAAGAAGUACGCCAUGGAUGUGAUCAGGGAAUGUGCCGAGGCCUGGGAGAAGCUCAUCACGGGCAAGACCCAGCCUGGUGACGUCUCCACCACCAACCUGUCGGUCUCGCAGUCGCCUAGCCGCGUUGCUGCCGAGCAGCUCCCUCCUCUGCCUCCCCAUGAGGAGCUUGCCCCAGCCAAGAUCGAUGCCUCGAUCGACAAGUGGUUCUUCAUCAGCGGCGCCUCUGCUUAG